AUGGUGCCAACUUGUGCAGUUUGGUUUGUGGCAAUGAUUGGCUUCAACCAGCUCGCUCUGGCAACAGGUUGCGCUUUUGUGCGGAUGAAAACAACUGUCAUAAAAGCUCAGCUUAAAGAAACUCAACUUCUACUUGAAACAGAAUGUUUUCGACACUGCUAUCUAAGCCAGAGCUGCGACUAUGUCGUUAUUUUUCCGACAGACAUUGAUGGAAAGGUUUCUUGCCAUGUUUAUUCGACAGAAGGAAAAGGAUCGGAGUGGACCCCAAUAUAUCCAUACAAACUGCUACGUAACGAACGGAAUACUGCUUCCGGUGGGCAGCAUCCGAAAUCGUCGGAAAAUCCAUUUCAACGCUUUGAUGUCAAACAACUUUGGAAUGUAGUCCUGAAUGUUGUGUAG